AUGCUAACGAAGAAGAACCGGGACAUCCAUAAUGACAAAAUUGUUGUGGAAGGUAACUGUAGUGCUGUGAUUCAAUGCAUUCUUCCACCCAAGCACAAAGACCCUGGAGUUGUCAUGAUACCGUGUUCUAUUGGUGAGGUUGUUGUAGGCAAAGCUCUCAUAGACUUGGGAGCUAGUAUCAAUUUAAUGCCUUUUUCCAUGUGCCGACUACUUGGAGAGAUAGAGAUAAUGCCUAGACACAUGACUCUCCAGUUAGCUGACCACUCCAUUACAAAGCCAUAUGGAGUCAUUGAAAAUGUUUUGGUGAAGGUUAAACACCUGAUAUUCCCAGCUGAUUUUGUUGUCAUAGAUAUAGAAGAGGAUGCUGGCAUUCCUCUCAUUCUUGGCCGCCUAUUCAUGUCUACUGCAAGCUGCAUGGUGGACAUGGGAAAAAAGAUACUGCAGAUGGCAUAG